AUGACUCUCUUCAGUACACAGAUAGCUGGCAUCGCUAUAGGGGUCUUCUUCGCACUAUCCCUCAUCAUGUUCGCCCUUUAUUACUCGAUUGAUCGUCUUCGCAAGCAAAAUGGCACAGCCAAAGCAACAACGCCGUCAUCUCCUACUGGCUCUGGUUCCCCGAUACCUCCUCCACAACAUCUUAUGGACAAUCAGAGGCGCACCUCCAAUCAAUAUUCACAUCCUCAGCAAGAGCAUUCACGUCCAAGCCUAGAGUACGGACCCGGUCCAACUUGGGUCGCGACACCCGAGCCCGAAACGUAUCGUUUCAACACGCUUAGAGCAGUACCAGCUACGCCAAAGACGUCCUCCGCGAGUGCCAUGCGUCCUGUUACUUCGGAGUCGGACAAGCGGAGUAGUCUGCACCAGGCGGUCUUGGGUGCGGGUACAAGUCGCGGUCGGAAGAACAACAGUGAUGCCACAAAGGAAGCCGUGGAGACUGCUAGAGCAAAGGAUUUGGAUGACGACCACGUUGCUGGCAGUAGCAUUGGCAGACAGAAAACGUACACUGGAGCUUGGCCUUGA